UAACAUUCAUUCUUUCUCCGAGAAUGUUAUUUUAACUUACUUAUCUGAGUUAUCAAAAAACUUUAAAUCUUCAACACUUUGGAGUAGUUAUUCGAUGUUGAAGAGUACUCUCAGUGUCAAGCAAAACAUAAAUAUUGGUGAAUAUCCUAAAGUACGCGCCUAUUUAAAAAGAAAAAAUGAAGGAUACAGUCCAAAAAAGUCAAGAGUUUUGGAAAAAGAACAAAUUUUGAAGUUUAUAAAGGAGGCACCUGAUGAAACAUUUUUACUGGCUAAAGUCAUUUUAGUAUUUGGAUUGGCUGGUGCUCUCAGAAGAGAUGAAAUUUACAAACUAAAGACAACCGACAUCCAAGAUAUGGGAAAUAUCCUUAUAGUGCAUGUCCAUGACACCAAGAACAAGAUUUCAAGGAAAUUCACCGUAACUGAACACUUGGAAUUAUAUAAAAAAUAUGCGUCACUUCGUCCACAAAACUAUCCCGAAACCAAGUUCUUUAUUAAUUUUCAAAGGGGAAAAUGCACUCGUCAGGUGAUUGGCAUAAAUAAAAUUGGCAAAGUACCUUGCGAAAUUGCGAAAUAUUUAAAAUUGCCCAAUUCUGAAGAGUACACCGGUCACUCUUUCAGAAGGUCUUCUGCUACAUUACUAGUAGAAGCCGGCGGAGAUUUACUUACUCUAAAAAAGCAUGGAGGAUGGAAAUCUUCGACCGUCGCAGAAAGUUACGUAGAAAAUUCACUCAACAAGAAAAUUGAAGUUUCCAAUAAAAUAUUGGCAGUCCAAAAUAACACUGCUGCUAAAAGCACUGUAAUGGAAAAACCAUUAAGCGAUUCAGCGAAGGUAGAAAUUAGCAACCCGACAAAUUGUACCAUUACUAUUAAUAAUUAUUAUAACAAAGAAAAUUAACCAAUGUUUAAUUUGUCUGUGAUGUUAGUUCAAUAAAAAGUUACUCUGUUAUAUGUAUGGUCGUAGAAAAAGUAUAGUGUGUAACACGUGCGUGAAGGAUUUUGUACACUCUCGUGGUUUGCAGCACUCGCUACGCUCGUGCUGCAAACUCCACGCUCGUGUACAAAAUCUCACUUCACGCACUUA